UUGCAGUAAUCUUUCCUACGAAAUAAGAAAAUAUAGACAGAGUGGUGAUUCGGUUUAGACAUGACUUUCAAUUCUCUUUAAUGAUCCAUCCGAGUGAUUUGUUGAGAUCUGACUCACGAUCAAAGCAGUUUACUGCACCACUAAAUUUGCAGGGACAAAGUGAUAAUGAUUGGGGUAUAUAUAUUUUCCCCUGUUUGGCUAAACUGUUUAAUUGGAAAACUUUUGCCAGACCAUGGCUGUUUACCACAAUCUUAUCCUUGAUUGGAUUCGUUCAAGGCUUUUUGCUGUUUUAUUUCAGGAAUACUUCAGAAAUAUGGUCCAGACAGUAUGGAAUAUCUAAGGGAACCACAGAAUGGAUUAUAUACGUGAAUGAAUUCUUCAUUGGUUUGGUUGCUCUACCAAUCUCUUAUUGGGCCUCCAUAACGCAUAAAAUUAAGUGGAUUUCCCUUAUUACGUUCUGUCAUGGAACAUUCUCUAUUUUUAUGUUCAUACCGGAAAGAAUAUUUGCCAAGGCGAUGAUUGUUCCAAAUUCAAGUGUAUUACUCUGCGGUGAUGGAUACCAAAAAACGCAUGAAGACACUAAUCUUGCAGCUUUGAGCUAUAUAAUUAUUUAUCAGCUUCUUGGUGCUACAGCUUCUGUGGCAUUUUAUUCUCUAGGAUUGGUAUAUAUGAAUGAUAAUAUUAUUAGGAAUAAGCCGACAAUUUUAGCGAUUGCUUUAGCGUCAAAGUUGUCAGGUCAACAAUUUGGUGUUUACGCUGCUUGGCUGCCGAAUUGGUUCAACAAUUCUCUAAUAUUCAAGAGCUUCGUUUGGCAAUCAUGUUGUGUCUUCUACCUUCUACUAACUGUUGGAAUAGCGAUGUUUCCGAAAGUUUUACCGUCGUUACUUAUAAAAAAAUUAGCAGCUUCCCUACUAGAAAUUGCCAGCGGAAUAUCCACCAGCGAAGAGGUGAUGCCUCAGGAAGAUGGACCCUUUGUAGGAUUUUUUUCAACUAUAAGAAGAAUAGUACGCAACAGGAUCAUUUUACUGAGCAUCGUGUCAGCAGUUGCUAUGGAAUCCGCUCUGAUAAAUUUCGACAUUUUCGAGAAUUAUUUCAAACAAUCCAGAUUCUUUAUAUCAGACAAUUUCGACAACUUCGGAUUCACCAGUUCAUUCUCUCUGAAUUUUCUCGCAAAUAUAAUGGAAGAACCACUCACUAUUUCAUGUUUGAUCAUAGCUGGAUUGGUGAUUUCUCGAAAAAAAGCUAAGGUGAAAUACUUAAUCCUAUGGAACAUUGCCAUUUAUUCCGUUGCCAGCAUACUGUUUGUUGGAAACUUAUUCACCAAGUGUGAAUACGAAGAUAUUUCGCAAUUGGUACCUUCAUGUAGUGUUGACUGUAAUUGUACCCUCGAUGAAACUUUCAAUCCUGUUUGUCUGAAGGGAAGAACAUACUAUUCGCCUUGUCAUGCUGGCUGUCGGACAAUAGAGAGGUUAGAGGAAUACCAGAUUUAUAGAAACUGCACUUGUGGAUCAUUCGAAGGAACGGCAACAGAAGGUUCCUGUCAUUUCUACAGUUGUGGAUUUCAGUACCAGAUGUGGCAAAUGAACAAUAUUGUUAUUCGGGGACUAUUAGCAACCACAGUUAUCACAAAUAUAGUCAUUGUUUUGAGCAUAGUAAGAGUAACUGAUCAAUCCGUCACUCUAGGAUUAGAAAUGUCACUUCUGAGCUUGGUACCAUUUUUACCGGUGAAAUGGGUGUAUCACAUUGUCGCUGAGAAACUUUGUCGUCAUUGGUAUCUUGGAAAAUGCAGAAUAUACUCCCCACAGCUAAGUUCGUUCAUUUUCAAUGCAACUAUUCUGCUGAUGCUCAUAGGAACUGUAACACAGAUGAUUCUGCUAGCCACGAAAAUGGAUGGACCCGAAAAACCUUCACGAAUAAGAAAAAACAGAAAGAAUAGCGAUAUUUCAUCGAAGAGAGCUGCUUCUGUCCAUUUGGAAACCGAUGCGAGUGAGAGUUCUGAUUAUUUUGAUGGCGAUCAAGACUCUCAACAUUUGGAUCUGACAGAGGACACCCGUGAUACAGAUAACUCGAUAAUCAUGCAUAAUCCUAAAUCAAUAGAGACUCAUUUGUGAAGAAGAAAACGAAAUGACUGCAUUCUUCAUGUCAACAUGAACAGAAAUAUGUUUGGAACCUACUUCAAGAAAUAAAUUAUUUAAAAAUAAUGUGACUUAGUUUUAUGGAAGAGUUUGGUUACUAAGGUAAGAAAAUUGAGAAUAAAAUGAAAUUUGUUGACGAUCUUAUUAUUACUAAAAGAUAAAAGCAUAAACUAGGAUUAUAACGAUCUUAUUCU